AUGGAAGAGAGCAACCGGGAGAAGGUCUCCGUCGCCCGUCGGGAAGAUGAAGAGCGGCGACGCCUCCCGCGACGACCUGUGUCGUCUAUUCUAUCUUUCUAUACAGUCCUCUCAUUCUUCUCGAGCUUCACGUUCUUCUGUGUUUUCCUCCUCUCUCUGUUCACUCCCUGUGGGCGCGCAGUUGCGGAGAGUCACGCCCUUUCCUCUGAGCUGGCUCUUCUCUCGCUUGUCAAGAAGGGAUCCGAGACAACACACAUAAAUGAAACCACCCUCGGGAAAUCUAGUCCAUCUUCGCCCUCUUCUUCUCCCUCUUCUUCUUCCUCUUCUUCGCCCUCUUCUUCGCCCUCUUCUUCUCCCUCUUCUUCUCCCUCUUCUUCUCCCUCUUCUUCUCCCUCUUCUUCGCCCUCUUCUUCGCCCUCUUCUCCUUUACCUCGAGCUGAGUCGGGGUUUCGUUUCCCUGCGACGCCUCGCGACUUCGCAGCUUGGCGGUCGGAGGGUUUCGUGUUUGACCGCACCUGCACUCGCCUCUUUCUGUUUCCGGAGGCCGAGCAAUUUGCCGUUCCGCUCCUCUCCGUCUCCUCCGUCUCCGCCGAGAGCACGCAAAACGAGGACCUCGCUUCGCCCUUCCUCAGCCUGCGCGGGCACCUCCCCGAGCAAGAGGAGCUUCUGAAAAGAGAGAGGCGCGAGGAGGCGGAGGCUCGUUUCUCGGACGGGGGCGUGUCUGCCUUUCCGCAGACUCGCGCCGUCGUUACCCACCUCCCUGCCUCAGACGCAGAAGCACGCGUUGAACGGCUCUUCGGACUCGUCGAAUCUUGGCGAUUUACGUUCGGCGUCCUUGAUCGGCCUGACGUCGCCGGAGACGCUGUGGCGAGCAGCCACCUUGUAAAUUCUCCUCUCCUUCGACAGCCUGGGACUCCCGAAGAAAAUCCAAAAGAGCCGAUUCUCCUCUCCCCCCCUCAAUUCGUCCCACUCAUCACAGAUCUUCUCGUCUUCGCGGAUCCUCGCGUCGAAGCCUCCACGUUGCCUCCUGUUUGUCAGCAGCUGCGACCGUGGGAAGGUCACCAUCUCGCCGCCCUCCGUCUCCGGUCGCGACUUCGCAUUGCCUCUGUCCGUCGCUCUCUCCAUGACUCUUCCUCUCCGUCCUCUCUCUCCUCUCCGGCCUCGCUUUCCUCUUCUUUCUCGCGUAAGAGACUGCGGCGUCUGUCGCGUCUUUCGGCGCGCUGGCAGUUGCAUGCAAGUCGCUGCUUCGUCAUUUUCACGUUUGUUGCCGCCACAGAAGUCCCCGACAUGCGCUGGCGGAGAGUGCAGGACGCCGAGGCCUGGGUGUAUCUCUCAGAGCCUGUCAUCGCGGCGACUCUCAGCGCCUACGACGAAGUGCUGAAGGUACCCAUCUCGGCUUUCCUCACGCCUGCCUUGCUGCGGCCUCCCCGGCAGGACGAGAGGACCGGCGCAGCGCGAGGACGAAGCAGAGCCGUGCGAUCGGGCCUCGAGAACGGAGAGGGGAAGAGCGAAGAAGACACCUCGUGGCUCGUCGCGCAGGAGGACAGUGCAUGCAGCUCCGAGACGAGCGAAAUUGCUCUAGAGGAGUAUGCAAGGCUGUUUGGUUUGAAGCGGCCGCAGCCGGCCUGGGUCGGCGACGUGUGGAACGGUCCCCCUCAGCUCGUGUCGCGACUCUCACGUCUCGCGUUCCUGAUUGCGGAUUUUCUGUUGGUUCACGAUCCCGUUCUGGGACGCACUGAAGGCCGUGAGCCUGAAUGGUCUCUCUCGUGCCUCUUCGCCUACGCCCUCCGCCUUGCCGCCUCGCAUUUGGUGGCGCCUGAGAGGCUCUUUGUGGAUCCUCGCCUUGCUCUCGAUCUUUCGCAACUCUCUUCUGAGGGCGGGGACGACAUUUUCAAGACGGAGAGUAUCGCGGUGACGGCGAGAGAGGCGGAGGGUCAGAGAGGAAGAGAAGUGGAGCAAGGCCAGGCGAGUAUCGAGGUUGCUGACGUUCUCCUCUCUCUCUACCGGAGUGUUGAGGAGGAUGUGGAGCUCGUGUUCGGUCCGUCUCCAGGCUCCGAAGGCGGGAGAAGCGGCGAGGACGAAGCAGGGAAGGGGGAGGACACAUCCACAGCUUUCGGAAAGACUCUCGGGGCCUUUGCAGCCGCUUGCGCCCGUUUCGGAAGCCAGAGAUAUCGACAGCGGAGACGAGCCGUUGCGUUGCCCUUCGUCCGCCCGCCUGUGCUGCGCGCUGGCGCGGAACUUGUGGACGUCUUCGUCCCGGCCUCCCGCAACUCGACAGACACCCUGGAGCUCGGCCGAGACCGGCCUCUUUUCCCCACCGCUUUGAUUCGACGCGAGUUGACCGAGUUCUUCCGGUGCCCCGCCGACCAUCCUUAUCCCUUCACGAAAUUCGCGUAUGCCGACACUUGCUGCAGCGCCAAAGUGGCCUGCCACGGAGAGGCCUUGACCGCGCUCUCCACGUGCUGCGCUGAGAAACAAGUUGCGUGCCGAGCUCCGCCAUGUGACCCAGCUGUGGAAGACGCCGUCAUGGAUGGGCCGCCGCCCUCGUCGGUGCACGAGUGCCCAGCCGCGUUCCCGUACCCGUACAGCCCGGCUCGGCCGCUGUCCUUCUGCUGCGCGACCGACAGAAGCUGUUCCGGAGAGCCGCUGAACGCUGCGUCGCUGUGCUGCGACAACCAUCAGUACGCCGCGUGCGCGGAUGCGCCUUGUGCGCCCCACAGAGACGUGUUAGAAUCUCUCGGCGCGGCGCGCCGAUACAGCUUGACUCCCGAGCGCGCAGCGCGCCUGGCGGCGAUGCUCCGGAAGCUGAGCGCGAGGCGAAGCACGAGUGUCCGAAUGUUCGUCCAGACGCUGCAGCACCUUCACGUGGUGGAGAACUACAUCAACGAAGCUUUCCGCGAUGGCGAAAACGACGACGACGACUCAGUCGACGCAGUCGAGCCAAACGAAACAGAAACCGACGACGGCGGAGAUCGCCGAUGA